GUCUCGUUUGACCUCCUUUCCGCCUGUUUCUCUCUUAUUUCCUUUUAUCCCUGCAAAAUGUCAGAUACCCUAGUGGACACGAGUAUCUCCCGAAAGGCGAAGGACGUCACCGCUGGUUUUGUGGGAGGUGCCGUCCAGGUGCUUAUUGGUCAGCCCUUCGAUCUCAUCAAGGUCAGAUUACAAACGGGCCAGUUCAGGUCUCCAAUUGAAGCCUUCCAGUCCACCUUGAAGAACGAGGGUGCUCGGGCUUUUUAUAAGGGCACCUUGGCUCCGUUAUUCGGGGUGGGUGCCUGUGUGUCAGUGCAAUUCUACGGGUUUCACGAGGCGAAGCGCCAGUUAUUGAAGUACUCUAACUCUCAGACCUUGACCAUGGGCCAGGUUUACCUUGCGGGUGCAUUUUCUGGGUUUGUCAAUACCCCAAUCACCUCCCCAGUAGAGCAAUUAAGAAUCAUUUCGCAGACGCAGAAGACUACCCCAGUGUUGGGUCCAAAGCAGCUCUUACGCAACAUUUACACAGAACACGGUUUGGUCCGAGGGGUCUUCCGAGGCUUCAAUAUUACAUUGGUAAGAGAGUGCCAGGCCUACGGUACUUGGUUUCUCACCUACGAAUACCUCAUGCAAAACGCCAUCAAGUCCCGUAAUAUUACCCGUGACCAAAUUUCAACACCAGAAUUGAUGGCAUACGGUGCCCUUGCUGGCGAAAUGUUGUGGUUAUCGUCGUACCCAUUGGAUGUCAUCAAGAGCAGAAUCCAAAGCGAUGGGUUCGGUGCUGCCAAGAGUAAGUACAAUGGAAAGUGGAACUUGGUUAUCAAGGACAUCAUGCGUGUCGAUGGGAUCAGAGGGUUCUGGAGGGGCAUUGGCCCUGCCUUAGUGAGAGCGAUUCCUUGUAGUGCUGGUACGUUUGCUACCGUGGAAUUGACUCUUAGAUUGUUGGGUUAGAAAUGGAAUGUUCGGUCUAGCAAUUAAGCAUUGACUUGUAAUAAACCAUAUAAUGAUGGAGCAUCAAAAAGAGAUGAUAUUUGUACAACUCUCCAAUGCUGUAGGUGGCAUACCUAUCUAACAUCGCAUUUGAGUAUAGUUUGUCAUCCAGAUGGUCUUUUUAGGAUAUUGCUUAGCUCUAAUUAUCUGC